AUGGAGCCAUUCAGGGAGCUUCUACGUAAACCACAGGGAAAGAAAGUCUACUGGGACGUCAACCUGCAGGAAAACCGUCACCUGACACCUGCGGAGACAGGCUACGCGCCCGUGGAGGGCGAGGCUCUGGCUGUCACAUGGUGCCUUCGCAAAGCCCGCCUAUUCCUCCUUGGGUGCCCCAAUCUUCUUAUCAUAACUGACCAUCGUCCGCUGGUGAAGCUCUUGAGAGACAGGGAGCUGAAGGACGUGGUUAACCCAAGACUGUUUGCCCUGAAAGAGAAGACCCUGCAGUAUAGAUUUCAGAUCAAAUACUUGCCUGGCAAGCGCAACCACGCUGCAGAUUUCCUGUCUCGCUACCCAGCACUCUGCGCACCACCAGACGUUGUGGAUGAAGAGCAGGCCAGCACAGUAGAGGUCGCAGUGGCGGCUGCGACAGUGGCAGCACUCGACAGUGGCGAGCAGAUAGUCAUGGACAGCGCGACAGUGCUGCAAGCGGCCACUGAUGACCCAGACUAUCAGCUACUCGUCGCGAAGGUAACAGCAGGAGACUGGAACCCACACCGGGCGCAAGAGGUGGUCUGCCUGCGUCAGUUCUACACGGUCAGGGACAGGCUGGCGGUGUCCCAAGGCCUGGUGACUUACACCUACGAGCAGGUGUCAGUGCGCCUGGUGAUACCGAUGGCUCUGAGACAACGUGUGGCGGCGAACCUUCACGCGGGCCACCAAGGGCUGGACAGGAUGUUAAGGAGGGCGAGGCAAGCUGUGUAUUGGUCCGGCAUGGAGGGCGAUCUGCAGCACCACAGAGACUCCUGCGCCGUCUGCAAUGCACACUCACCCUCGCAAGCCGCCGAGCCCCUCAGCCCCACGCCCCCACCUCAGUAUCCCUUCCAACACACCGUGGCUGACUUGUUCCAGCUUGAAGGGCAUGUGUACUUGGCUUACGCUGACAGAUUCACCGGCUGGCUCGAAAUAGCACACUUUGUCAGCGGCGCCACUUCAAGCAAAUUUGCGUCAGUGUUUAGACGAUACUUCAGCCGGUGGGGCGCUCCAGAAUCAGUCUCCACGGACGGGGAGACUAACUUAACCAUUGAGCAGAUGUGCAACUUCUUUGGGAGAUGGGGAGUGGAGAGGAGGAUAGCCUCUGCCCACUUCCCGCAGUCAAAUGGACGGACGGAGGCCGCAGUGAAGUCCGCCAAGAGGCUGCUGCGGGUCAACACGGGCGCUGGAGGCAGCCUGGACACUGACAGAGCUGCGGUGGCGUUGCUAAAGUACCUGAACACGCCUCUGCGGGGCGUGAACAAGUCAACUGGCCAUGGGCAGGCAGCUACGGGACGGUGUGCCAGUCCACGAUCAGCACUACAGGGUAGACAUGUUCUGGCGGCAGGCGUUGCGGGCAAGAGAGCGUGA